GCGUGGGGGGUGGGCAGGGCGAGUCAUAUGACCCGCUGGGUUUCCUGGCUCUGGCCGUCCUAGCCGCCCGCCUGUGUCCGCCCGAGUCGCGCCGGGGCCCCCGCCGAGGAGCCGUUAGUGGGUGCAGGGCCGCUAGCCGCUGGUGGGAAGCAGUGUUCGCUGUCGUCUGCACGCGUCCCCGCUCGCUGCCGGCCGCCGCCAUGCUGGCGCUCAUCUCCCGCCUGCUGGACUGGUUCCGCUCGCUCUUCUGGAAGGAGGAGAUGGAACUGACCCUCGUGGGGCUGCAGUAUUCGGGCAAGACUACCUUCGUCAAUGUCAUCGCGUCAGGUCAAUUCAGUGAAGAUAUGAUACCCACGGUGGGCUUCAACAUGAGGAAAGUAACUAAAGGUAACGUCACAAUAAAGAUCUGGGAUAUAGGAGGACAACCCCGGUUCCGGAGCAUGUGGGAGCGGUAUUGCAGAGGAGUCAAUGCUAUUGUUUACAUGAUAGAUGCUGCAGAUCGUGAAAAGAUAGAAGCAUCUCGAAAUGAGCUCCAUAAUCUUCUAGAUAAACCACAGUUACAAGGAAUUCCAGUACUAGUACUUGGAAACAAGAGAGAUCUUCCAAAUGCCUUGGAUGAGAAACAGCUAAUUGAAAAAAUGAACCUGUCUGCUAUUCAAGAUAGAGAAAUUUGCUGCUAUUCAAUUUCUUGCAAAGAAAAGGAUAAUAUAGAUAUCACACUUCAGUGGCUUAUUCAACACUCAAAAUCCCGAAGAAGCUGAGACAUCUUCUGACGUCUUCCAGUCCUUCUUGGCUAUAAUCCUAGAACUACUGUCCGUUCCUCUGAAGUACUUCCCAGAACAUGGUCCUUCCUAAACCCAAGAAAUUGCCUUUCUCAGAGUUUAUUUCUCAUGUGCACUGCUGAAGAUGUAUAUUCCUAUCCUUCAUAACAAAUCAGCUGGAGUUGUCAUGAUAAAGUCAACACACUAAAAGGCUUCACACACUUGUCUAGUGUGUAGAGGCCUCUUUCCUUUCUUUUUUAAAAAACACCCACAUUUUUGACCAUCUUAAAUUAAGAAAAUUGCAUAUUAUCAUUCUGGUCUUUCUGGGCCAGAUUUUUGUAUUGGUUUUCAGUAAAUGUCUACCUAUUUCAUUACAGAGUCCAGUAGCUUAUACUGGUACUGACUUGAUGCAGCAUGGAUUUCCUAGAGCCACACAGUAUUUAGAAAAACUUCAAGCCUGACUCAUGUGGGAUAUGAACAUAAAAUGUUUGUCCCGUCUCACAUAUGCAUGUGAAAUGUAGACUUAUACUGUAGGAAUAAUUGGUCUGCUAAGAGUUAGCAGAGGCACCAGGUCAGCACAGUUGGGUUGCCUACACUGGAGACUUCCUACCUGAUAAAUUUUAAACGUUCUGCUUUCUGAGACUCCUUUGUCUCCACAUAGCAUUUGGGGAGAUGGGAAGAGUUACAGCAUGCUCUUUUGUAUCUGUCCAGAUCAUUAGUUUUCUUCCCCCUUUUAACAGUUUUUUAAAGGGAUGGGAAUUGAAGAUUUUUUUUUUUCAAAAGUUUUCAUGAAUUUAGAGCAUUCCAGCUAGUGUAAUAAAACCCAUUAAGAAUGUCUGACCUUGUGUGAAUACGUCUGUUCUUUGUCUCUAGUCACCCACCCUGUGCUGCUGCAUGACACCCUUAACUCUGACUUUUUAUAUCCAGUCAUGAAGUUGACUUUCAGCACAAAGGAUACUUAUAAACAGAUUCGUAAUUUUUUUUCUUACCAAUGUAAGGUUUGGCACUCUUUUCACUAGUGCCCCUAGACUUCUUGAUUGUGACAACUCUAGACCUGCCUGCUUAAUCUAAUCAUGCGCAAUGUCUACAGGUUGUUUAAGAUCGGCCAUGGAGAGAACUGAGGAACCAAUGCUGUGUAUUGUUCGCUUCUAUGAUACAGAGCUGUACAAAAACUUACAAUGAUCAUAUUUUGUAGCUUAGUGAUGAUCUCUACGUACAUAAAGGGACAUAUUAAUACUGGUUCAUCUGUAAAAUGUUACUCAUGCCGAUGUAGUGAUAAAAGCCUGUGCUUACACCUGCUUAUGUGUUGCCUCACACUGUGUGUGAUUUGUCUCUUCUGUUAAGCAGCUCUUAUGUCGACAGUACAUAUUCAGAUGUGUUGAGCACUCCGAAUGUAGUCAGCAGUAAGUUCUUUUAAUGAAUACCGUUUUCAUUUAUAGACUGCCAUGGCCUUAAAAUAUUCUGUACUAAUAACUGCACUGUGUUGCACAAACACUACUUGUUUUCUCCAUUCACAUUUUUAAUGAGAAUCUGAGCUUUAUAGUUCUCUUUUCUUCAUGGAAGCAUGUUGCACUCUUCCCAGAGGAUGGGAUGGGUGGUUUGAAUGAAGGGUUAUUUAAACUUGUUCAUGUAGCCUAACACGUGUAAUGGUCACUGUGAACCAUUUCAAAGAAUGGAGACUUGCUUGUGCCUAAAAAGAGGGACUGGAACCAGAAUGUGUAACUAAGUGGGGACUGCAUAGGUUUUUGUUAAUUUACUUAUAGCUAAACCUUAAUGUGUUUGUGUGUCUUUUUUUUUUAUUGCUUUCCAGUAUUUCAGGACAUCUAAAAGCUACUACCAACAUUUUCCUGUGCAUAACCUCUGCAUGUGAAAACCUAACAGUUACUGCAAUUUGUAAAUACGGAAAUUUUUUUAUUUAGGUGUGGAUGCAUUUUUUUUUUUUUUUUUGGGUCUGUUUACUGCUCUUCUCAGCUUUAUUCAAUAAACUUGCAUUUUGAGGGUUGCAUUGACAA